AUGGAAGCUUGGAGAAGCAUUUGUAUCAAGAUAGUGCAUUGUGACAUAAAACCAGGCAAUGUUCUUUUAGAUGAAAGCAUGACAGCUCAUCUUUCAGAUUUUGGGAUAUCCAGAUUGAUGGGAAGAAUCGCAGCCAAUUCAGUAACCUCAACAAUAGAUUUAAAGGGCUCAGUGGGCUACAUUGCACCAGAAUAUGGAUUGAAUGGCAUGAUGUCUCCUUGGGGAGAUGUUUUUAGCUAUGGUAUUUUGUUAUUGGAAAUGCUGACAAGGAGGCGAGCAACAGAUAAUAUGUUUGAUGGUGAUCUGAGCCUGCAUAGCUGGGUGAAAAGGGCAUUUCCAGAGAGGGUUGCUGAGGUAGUUGAUAAAAGCUUGUUAAUGGAAGGGGCUGGCAAAGAAACGAAAGAAUGUAUCAUUUCAUUGAUGCGACUUGGUUUGCUAUGUUCAAGUGAUUCACCUGAAGCUCGACCCACUAUGAGAGAUGUGACCAAUCUAUUGAAGAACAUGCAACAGGAUACUUUCACCCCAGACACUUGGUUCUUCCAUUAA